AUGGAUGUUCCUGGUAAAGCUGUCAAAGCUGAAUUACUUGACAUUGCUAUAAAAAAUCUACCAGAAAAACGAUAUGAAACUGAUGAAGCAGUUAAGAAAUACAAUGUUGAUAUCUUGCGUUUACCUAUUAAACAUUGUUUGCUCAAUCCGGUGGAGUUGGCAUGGGCAGGUCUGAAGCAGUAUGUACGAGAUAACAAUGUUAAUUUUCGGUUAAGCGAUGUUCGACACUUAGCACAAGAAUGGAUGUUGAACUUGAAAACAGCUACAGUUACGGCUUAUCUCAAUCACGUUUACAAUGUCGAGGAAAUGUUCAAGAAAUCCGAUGCUUUCACAGAACAACUCCAAGAAGACUUAUUAGAUGAUGAUAACCAUGAUGAACUGGAUUUCGAGAUUGAAGAAAUGACGGAUUAA